AUGAUAAUUACUUACUUCAUGUACAUUUGUCUGAACAGGAUUGAGAAGAUAGUACGACUUCCUCUCCAUCUCAAUGGGUGUUGAACCUCCAUUUUUCCAGAAAUACAAGGCCAUCUUGCAGAGCUCCGCUGAAAAGGAGAAAUUUUCCACGAUUGAAGUGUUUGAGGAAUUUGAGCUGCCUUUGAUUGAUCUCAGUGGUUUGAAUCUUGGACCAUUCGAGAGGCAAAAGUGCAUAGAACAGAUGGAUAAGGCUGCUCGUGAAUGGGGUUUCUUUCAAAUUGUGAAUCAUGGGAUUCCAGGAGGGCUACUGGACAGAUUGAAGUAUGAGCAGAUGAAGGUGUUUCACCUGCCUUUUGACAAGAAGGCCGAGAAGAAGUUUUUGAAUUUAUCAGCCCAUAGCUACCGAUGGGGGAACCCUCUAGCUACCAGCUUGAGGAACCUUUCUUGGUCAGAAGCCUUGCAUAUAUCGCUCAAAGAUAUUUCGAGAAUGGAUGAAUGCAACAAGCUCAGGUCAACAAUACAAGAGUAUGCAAGAAAAGCUAAUUUACUGGCUCAAAAAUUAGCUGAACAUUUAGCACAAAUAUUGGGCAUCAAACCAAAUUAUUUCCAAGAGAACUGCUCACCAAGCUCGAGUUCUCUUCGAAUGAACAGAUAUCCUCCUUGUCCAUUCUCUUCCAGGAUGUUUGGGAUUAUCCCUCACACUGAUACUGAUUUCCUCACCAUUUUAUCCCAAGACCAGGUAGGGGGAUUGCAAUUCAAUACAGAUGGAAGAUGGUUUAGUGUUAAACCCAAUCCAAAAGCCUUAGUCAUCAACAUUGGUGACUUAUUUCAGGCAUUGAGCAAUGGCAUUUACAAGAGUAUCACUCACCGGGUGGCUGCAAAUGAAGAGGUUGAAAGGUACUCUAUUGCAUACUUCUACUGCCCCACCGACGAAGUUGUAAUACAAAGCUGCAGCGAGCCAGCUUUGUACAGAAACUUUAGUUUCAAAGAGUAUAAGGAGCAAAUCGAAAGGGAUGUAAAAGCUACUGGGGACAAAGUAGGGCUUUCUCGGUUUCUUUGGUGAAAGGGAAAAAUUUGCCGUGACAGCUUAGCCACAGUCUUAUUAUGAAAAUAAUUGUACUUCCAAGUUUGGCUGCUGCUGUUUUAACAUCUUAUGCAACAAGAAUCAAAGCAUAGAUGAAUUGUUUGAGUGCUUUUAACUUACCCCAUUCCAUCCCACUUUUACAGGG